AUGUUCCAAAGAUCAAGGCCACUCUAUUUCAGACCUCCUCCAGAGACAUUCAAUAUGUUCAUCGAUCUAGUCAGUUCAGAUGACGAAUCUCCAGGUAUGUCUGUUUUGAAGUCUGCUCAUGGGCAAAGUGACGAAUCUAAUAUUGUCAACGUCUCAGAAGCAGAUGGUGGCUCCUUCCAACGACCAGUUCGUCGCUCGGAUACGAACCAACAGAGGCAAGAGCCUCGUUCGCUGAUGAGACAAUCUGAGGCGCAAAUCAGAAUCUUGGGCGGGCCUCAGACAAUUUUCUCGCAACGCCCAGAGACCAGAUCUCCACGAGAACCUCCAGCCCUUAAUCAUCGGGCAGGCAUCGAGUCAGAACCUGCAACCCAGCCACGUUGGGUGCCAACUAUAAGUUCGGCAGCACCAGUGCCAUCAUAUAGGCGCUUACAACCCCCAGUCAGCUAUAUAUACCGAGACCAAGCAGCAAAGAAGAAAGCAGACCAAUUCGAACGUUUACGCAAGGCAGAGACGGACCUUCAGUUGUACCUGGAGGAAAACCCAGGCAAUGACAAGUUCAGAGCAAAAUCUCUUCAGCUUCGUUCAUACCGUGAGAAGCUCGAAGGAGGGGACCUUCUCAGCAGUGGCAAGUUGGAUUGGAUCAGGGGAAUCCACAGGUCAAUUGAUCGACGACGCGUAGCCGAUGACGCUAAGGCGUUUGCUGCGAAGGCAAGGUCAGAGAAUUCACGCAGUAGGCCAAAGUCGACGGAGUCUGCUGGUGAAAGAAGUCGAGUUAAUACGCCCCUACAAUCACCUUCUUGCCAUUCACUGCGUCACCCCACCACUGGGGGAAAGACCAUCCCCCAAGGCCUUUUGAACGAGAUUACGCCUACAAAAAGCAGCAGACUGCCCAAACCCACACGAGAACCCUUAAAACGCAAAAGACCCCAAUACGGCGGUAAAGCACCUCUCCCUAUAAUGCCAUAUUCCUUUCCACCAGCGAGCUUCGAUAUGCACGAAUCAGAGUCCAGCGUCGAGGAUUCUAGCCCAGAGGAGCCUAUGUCAGAGAACUCGGAUGACGAUGACUCUGACGCCGACUGCUAUGACGCGGACAUGGAAGACACCGAAAGCGAAGAAACCUCAGAAGGAAAGGAAGAAGAAGGAGGGGUGGAAUACGAAAGAUACUGGCAAUACGCUGUUGUGCAGCUUGACAGCCGUCCCUACACGCCUCAGAGCAACUUCCGCAAAAGUCCUUGGGAUCUUUACCGACCGGCAGAAGGCUAUGGAAAAAAUGUCCCAGAGAAUCGACCAGCUCCAAAUGAGUGGCGUUGUGGUUCGGUUGAGGUCUCUGUCGAGAAAGAAUGGGUGACAAGAGCAGUGUCAGAUAAGUCACCCGGAAAGACAGCAAAGAAGCACCUGCAGGGUGUGUUCAUCGUGCUUGUCCAGCAGAAGGAUCUCAAAACCGGCACUCUGAUCAGGAGCGACGUGCACCCGAAGAGCUUCCUUUCGGUGAACGAUGCCAACCGUCACGCAGGUCAGGUUUGGAGGUUGGCGUCCAUGUCAGAGGAGGAAAUCCAACAGGAGAACCUGAGUCAGGGAGGCAUCUUCGACUCCCCAGUAAAGUUUGCCCCAGGAUAUCUGGGGGAAUUGGAAGUGGAUGGAAAGCUGUUCCAGAAGACUUUCCUGAUCCAGAAGGGAGAACAGAAAAUCCAAGUUACAAUGUCGAUUCAGAAACUCGAGGUUAUCCAUCCAGUCUGA